AGUCAUUAGCCUUCUGCAACAUAGCAAUGGUAGGCUACUACGUAACGCGCACUAUUCGCUAAAGGAGGAAAGCAGAACGGUUUAUUUUGAAUCUCCAUGACUAGCUUGUUAACUACUUCGACAGGAGGCAUUAACGUAACAAUUUUAGUAGCAGCGGUUCCAAAAAAUAGUGGCCAUUUCACAAUAGUUCCAAUUCCAAACACAUAAUGCAAACCAAUAUUAAUAGUAGUAAUAUAAUAAUUGGAGUCUACAUUUUCUUUUGGAACCCAGUUGCAAACUUACAUGCGUAUGUACAAAAUCACAGCUAGUGUAAAGGUUUGCUUGUACACGAGGUAUUUCAUUUUACAGGAUAUGGCAACAGGUGCGUAUAUCUGAAGGGUAAACCAUCUUUAGACGCGUUAAGUUACAGCACAACUCGGUGAGUGGCUCACACAGAGCGCCGAGUGUGCACCGUUCGCCAAGUUAACGCUCCAACUGGGUAAAAUAACCCGAGAACCAUCGACAAGAAUAAUACUAAAUUAGCGCGUUUUCAUGCAAUGCAGCAAGAGAUAUCAGUUUACGUUUUUGGUCGUGUAUGCAGCCAAAUGUACAGUUUACGGCAUUGGUGUUUUUCACUGCUGGAUUUUAAGUAUAUUAACUUUCAGUUUAAAUAACCAAUAUUUUUGCACCUGCUGUCGAUAUCGCUGUCUUCGGGCAUUGCACUACACGGAGGUUAGUCCAUCUAACUUCCUGGUUGUUCAGCGCUCUGUAUGGCAUCACUCGCCUGCGGUCCGAGCCUAAAGUGACCACAGCCUAUUUACUUAAACUAUAAAAUCCUCAGCGUUUUCGCGAGAACUGUAACGCAUCGAAAUGUGCAGGUAUGAUUGAUAAAACUAUUGUUUUUCUGUUUGGUGGUGUUAUUUAUUUAUUUAUUUUGCACAUUUUAUAAUUAUUGCAAUGGGAAUCAGCCGAACAAAAUGUAUGUAGUUCUGAAACUAAAUAUAUUUUGACUUCCUUUAACGAUUCAUAGUUAACUGGUCAAAAUAUAAAGGCUACACACUUUAAUAAUAAAAUGUUGAUUUGUCUGCGCUUUGCUGUGAUCACACCUCAAGCGGAGGAAAGGAACAUCUGCACUAGGAUGUGCGCAAAGCGCAGGUGUGGAGGUUUACAGAACAUGGCACGUGUUAGUGUGUGUGUGUGUUCGUGCGGGCGUAGUUAAGUUCACAGGUGAAAUCUUAGCUCUUUUAUGUUAGCUCGUCGGUCGUAGGUCAAGGGUAUUUUGAGCUUAUGCUUGUGUGCGGGCCUAGUAAAGACAAUAUAUUUCUUUACUCCAAAAAUAAAUUAACCACGCUUAAGUUGUAUGCCUAUUGAACCAAAACAAUUUAUAUUUUGAAGGUAGGCCUCAGCGCAGGAACGGUGACAGCAGCAUGAACAUUAAUGAACAUUAAAAAAAAAAAAAGACAUGAGCACCACCCAAGGCUUCUCAACGGUGUUCCCUUAAUCCGGCAGUCAGUCUUUUUCUGAAAGCCGACCCCGCCCACCCCUUUUGCACCCCUUAGUUUUGUCAGUCCUCCAGGAGCUUUACUGCAUGUUUAUAUCGGUGGGGCUUUCCAGGUAUUAUGGUCUGGUAAUGCAAUACCUAGGUGGCAGACCCAACAGACAGUCCCAACUUUCCAAGUUUUCCAGAAUCACAGAGGGGCAAAGGAUCAGAGUCCAGGGAAGAACAGACAAGGCGGGCUCCGGCAGCGACGCCCCCUGCAGGAGGGCUGCGGGGAGGUGUCGAAAGUGGUCCGUCUAUUUGCGGGAUUCCCGUGUCGCUGUUGACUGAGGAUUAAGGAGGAGCAGCUGGGCUAACCGCCGUGCAACGUUUGGCGUUCCACCCCCCGUCCCUUCUCCUGGGGGGCAGUCACGAGUCAAGGAGAGAGCGGUGCCGGAGCAACAGAUCUCCUAUCCUGGGAGUCGCAGAGGCCUUCGCUUAAAUAUGAGGACCAUCAAUCUGCUCCUUCAAGUGUUCUCCGCGGUGGCCUUCAAAAGGCAGAAAUAGAAAUGACCUGUGUUCACAGCCAGUAUGGAACCCAGCCCUACGAGAAUAACUACUACACUUCCGAGUUCCUGACUUCUGACUUAACCGCCAAGCUGGCCAUGGAUUACAGCGGCCAGCGGGACCAACUGCCCACCCCCUCCCUGCCCAGCAUCAACUCCCUGGUGGGCGGCUACGCCGGCGAGUUCGACGCGUACUCGUGCCAGAUCGCCGCCGCAGGCUCGGGCUCCGCGGGGGGCGUCGCCGCAGGAACGCAGUCGCCCUUCAAGCUGGACGACUUCCAGGUGUACGGCUGCUACCCGGGCACCUUCGCGCUCGGCUACCUGGACGAGGCGCUGUCCUCGUGCGGCUCCGACUGCUACGGCAGCCCCGUCUCCGCCCCCUCACCCUCCACGCCCGGCUACCAGGCGCAGCCCGUCUCCGCCUGGGACUCCCCCUUCGGCGCCUACUCCCCGGGGCCCGGCUGCUGGGGGCCCGAAAAGCCGGCCCAGCCCCAGCCCCCCGCCUUCUUCACCUUCAGCCCCACCUCGGCGGAGCAGCUCUCCCCCCAGCAGCGACAGGACCCCUUCGCCCCGCCCCAGCAGCAGCAGCACACCCCUCCCCUCCCCUACGGCCCCCUGGGCCUGGAUCACCACGGCCCCGCGGAGGGGGCGGCUCUAAUGGAGGGGGCGCUCUCACCGAAGAACCAGAGCCCCACGGGGAACGAGGGCCGCUGCGCGGUUUGUGGGGACAGCGCAUCUUGUCAGCACUAUGGGGUGCGCACCUGCGAGGGCUGCAAGGGCUUCUUCAAGAGGACUGUUCAGAAAAAUGCCAAGUACGUGUGCCUGGCUAACAAGGACUGCCUGGUGGACAAGCGACGGAGGAACCGCUGCCAGUUCUGCCGCUUCCAGAAGUGCCUGACCGUGGGGAUGGUGAAGGAAGUCGUCCGAACAGACAGCCUGAAAGGCCGCAGGGGUCGCCUGCCCUCCAAGCCCAAGAACGUGCAGGACCCUGUUUCCGCGGCGACCCCGGUCAGCGUCAUGGCCGCCCUCGUCCGGGCGCACAUUGACUCCAACCCGCCCAUCGGGAAGCUGGACUACUCCAAGUACCAGGAGACGGUGGCCAGCCUGUCGGAGAAGGAGGACGCAGAUGACAUACGGCAGUUCUAUGACCUGCUGACGGGGUCCAUGGACGUGAUCCGCAAGUGGGCGGAGAGCAUCCCCGGGUUCUCCGCCUUCUGCGCCGAGGACCAAGAGCUGCUGCUGGAGUCGGCCUUCGUGGAGCUCUUCAUCCUGCGGCUGGCGUACAGGUCGAGCCCAGAGAAGGACAAGCUGAUCUUCUGCAACGGCGUGGUGCUGCACAGAAUGCAGUGCAUCCGGGGCUUCGGCGACUGGAUCGACUCCAUCAUGGACUUCUCCCAGAGCUUACACCGCAUGAACCUGGAUGUCUCCUCCUUCUCCUGCCUGUCCGCCCUCGUCAUCAUCACAGAUCGGCACGGCCUGAAGGAGCCGAAGCGGGUGGAGGAGUUCCAAAACCGGCUGAUCGCCUGCCUGAGGGACCACGUGACGGGCGACGCGUCGGAGAGCGGGCGGUCCAGCUACCUGUCCCGCCUCCUGGGGAAACUUCCGGAACUGCGUACCCUCUGCACCCAGGGCCUCCAGCGCAUCUUCUACCUGAAGCUGGAGGACCUGGUGCCCCCGCCCCCCAUCGUGGACAAAAUCUUCAUGGACACCCUGCCCUUCUGAGGGGAGGGGCCAGGGAGGGGGGAGGACGGGGACAGGAGCUGGUUCUAAAAUGGUGCUGGGACUGAAGGGGUGGGGUGGGGUGGGGAAAGAGACUGUAGAAGAUGUAAAUGCACUGAAUGGGUUUUUCUUUCAAAGUUGGACAACCUACCAGGUUCCUAACUGCCUUUGAGACUUUCACAGCCUUGUAAUAUUAUUGUAAUUGUUUAGUUUUUUUUGUUCUGGAAUGGACAACUUCCUUUCUGGUCCCGUCUCAUUGGAGCACACUGAGUGCCAGGGGAGGCACAUAGCUGCCCGAUGCCGCCUAUCCACACGAAACCACUUUCAAGAGGACUGGAGCUCUCCUUCCUCUGUUCUCAGUCGCAAAGAUUGGAUUAUUUGGAUUGUUAGUGAAAAGAGAGAUAAGAAAUGGCGCAGUGCAUUUAUGUAAUACCAUGUGCAUUUUGUUUGUUUGCAUCUUUGUGUGUUUUUAUGGCUUUGACUGCGCAAACCCUGUAACCAUCUGUACAAACUAAGGGAUUUUUUGUUUUUGGGAGGGUCGGGGUUGGGGGGAUUGGGGGAGGGUGGAACGGUUAUGGACAGGAACUAAGACACGUGGCAUACGCACAUCGCCAAGGGCCAGAGAGGACCAUCUGAAAAUACAGGCCGCACUGCAACGUACAGCUAGAGAGGGCAUUGCUGACAAAAAGGGGAUACCCCAAAAGCACAAUUUAAACAGGGUGUAUUUUCAUCAGCUGGGAGGUCCUGCCCAUUUUUUGUAUUUUAGUGGGAGUGUUUUUCAAACGGAGCCUUGCUUGUUUCCAAUAUGAACUACAUUAUAUACAAGCGUUCUUCUUUGCACACCGGGAACGUGCUUUCAAUGCAAGUUUAUGUCAUAUUGAGUACGGGAGAGGCCUUGGACCAAAAGAAGGGUGCAGGUUCAGAGCAAAGGUUUCUGGCUCUUAAUUCGGGUGGGAUUAUCAGCAUUAGGAGUCGAGCCUUAUCUACCCCCAACGCAAAAAUUAGCCUGCAUUUCGGUUAGAGAAAACCCUGAAUGGCUAUUGUUCUACAAGGAUUCUGGUUCAUCCCUGUACAGUGCCUUAGAGUCUUGAAUGUCAUUCAGUGAGAAUGAUGAGAAAAAUGACGGUAAAACACACGACAGCUGCAGUUUGUUUCAGCCAAUUACUGAGUGUAAAGGGUCACGUGUCCUGAUUUCUCGAGUCUCCCGCCAGAAGUUUCGAGAAUUUCCCAGAACUUUGACGGUUCUGUCAAUCACUCGCCUAGAUAAACUGAGAGAAAGACAGUGGGGAAGAAAACUACUGUUAACCUUACAAGUGUUGCCUUAUAUACCCUUCUUACGGAGAAUAUUUUCACUUGUUUGUUUUUUAAAGUGACAAAAUGUGACAGGAACACAAGCAGCUAUGAGCACUUUGUACAGCAUUUUUAACAGCCUUUAUGAAUAUUAUAACAUGUUUUCUACGUAUGCUUACUACAUGUGUGCAAAACAGGCAUUUAUUUGUAUGUAGGCUAAACAGAUAAAUAUACUUUAUCUUUUCUUGUCCUUUUGACAAAACCUAAGUGAAUCUAGGGGAAUUUUUAUUAAACAUUUUUGUAUUUUCUCAUAACUGAACAGAAAAAUGAAACUGGUUCAAACAGCCACUGAUCACAAUGAAAUCUGGAUUGUGGUACCGCUGCAUUAGUGCAAAUGUUAUUUUGUUGUUGAAAACGUUGCUUUUGAGAUGCUGGGUUUUGUCAUGACGUGUGAGAGCUUUUAAUUUUAAUGGUUAUGUGGUACACACAAAAGACAAAUAUAUUUACACAAAAAUUUAAUAUUAAAAAGCAUAAAUGUU